CUCCUCCGGAGAGGCCCAGACUAACAAGAUGUCGGUCACCUGAGAAAGAGACUUUCACUUGCUGGUGGGAGCCUGGAUCAACAGGUGGACUGGCCACCAGCUACCAGCUCUAUUACAGGAAAGAGAGGUGAGUGCUGCCUAUAUCACUAUUCAGCAUUGUUCAUCUUGCUGUCAAAAAAAGUAUAUUUCCAUUUAUUUUUUCCCUGUAUCAGAAUAUGGGUAGUUGCCUCAUUGUGUGCCUGUUAUGACAUAGUUUAACAUAUAAGCUAUAUUUUCCAUGAUUUUGUUUGUAUCAAGUAAAAUAAACUGUUACUGAGAUAAUGUAGCGUUUUCAUUCAGUUAUUGAAAGAAGUCUCUUUUACUCACUAAGCAAAAGUAAAAACUAAUAUUGUGUAAUAUCAUUACAGUUGACUUGUUUCUUGUAUGAUAUGUUUUAGACAUUUUACUUAUUUUAUUUUAUUUAUUCCUUUAUUGGCAAAGCGGAAUUUUCAGCAUCAUUACUCCAGUCCUCAGUGUCACAUGAUCCUUCAGAAAUCAUUCUAAUAUGCUGAUUUGGUGCUCAGGAAAUAUUCCUUAUCAAUAUUGGUUACUUGAAAGAACAUUUGUAUGAAGCAGCUAUUUUUGCAUAUUUGCUGAAUACAAUUAUUAAUUUCUUUCACAAUGAAACUUUGCUAUGAUAGUUCUGUUCUAUAUAAAGGAAGAAGUAUCUUCAUUUUGUCUUAUUUUCUUAAUAUUUGUUCAAUUUGUACAUCACACACACACACACUUAUUAAUAAACACACUAAAUCUAGUAUAUUAAAUGAGCUAAUGUUUACACAUUUGAUAAGAAAUCACAGGUUUAGGUUCAUUUUUUUGUCAAAAGAUUAGUCAGCAAAUCAUUCUUUUUAAACUUCAAACUAUCAUAAACUUUUUCAGUUCUUUGGAAGUCUUUGAAUGUCCGGAUUAUCAUAAGGCGGGAAACAAUUCCUGUUAUUUUGAUAAGCAACACACGUCUAUUUGGAUCAUAUACAACAUCACAGUGGUGGCCUCCAAUGCACUGGGAAAAGCCUAUUCGGAAUCUGUAGAAGUUGAUGUUAUGGAUAUCGGUGAGUUCAUGUAAUGAAUGUGUUUACAAAAUAUUGAAAUGCAUCCAGAAAUGCUUUUGUUUUUAUGUGCUUGCAAUAUACCCCUAGCGUAUACUGACCAUGCAUGAAUGGUUAAUGAUGUUUUACUACAGAGGCCAAGUUCAGUGUUGUUUUGACCACAGUCACAGUGCAGUGAGCUGACUGCUAAAUAUAGCAUAUAUAAAGAUUUCCUGUGGCUACAUACGGGCACACACAGCAAAAUCAGCAAAAUCUUUACGGUGAAACAUUUAUUCUUUGAACUUUUUAACUUUCAGUUAGAUCAUCAUACUAGAACACAAGAUAGAUAACAGUGCAUGUGCAGUUACAUUUACAGUUUAGUUACAGUUUCCCUCAAACCAAUUCAGCUAGAAAAUGUGUCCGCGCUGGGCUCUUCCAUCUGUAACGUGGAGCCUCACCCUCCAGAGACUGUAAAUGUGACUUUCGUGCAGACCACGAACAGCCCCUAUUUCCUGGUGCAGUGGCAGUCUCCGCAUGACGCAGACACACGUUCAGGGUGGGUAACAAUCAAAUAUGAAGUUCGCCUAAAAAUUGAGAACAGCGGAGACAAGGAGGACAGCAGCUGGGAGUCAUAUAGUGCUGGAAAACAAUUGGAGUUUAGCAUCUACAGUCCGCAGCCUGGAGCAAGUUACGUUGUGCAAGUGCGCUGUAAACUAGACCACGGCCUCUGGAGUGAAUGGAGCCCCUCUGCAUUCAUCCAGGUUCCAGACAAUAUGCCUGACGCACAGAAUGCAGUUAUGAUUAUCGCCGUCACGCUAACCGUCAUCAUUUUCCUGUUGACUGCAGGAGCGCUGACAGUCAAGAUGAAACCGAUGAAGCAUUUUUUACUGCCACCAGUUCCAGAACCGAAAAUCAGUGGCUUAGACACUCAGCUCCUAAAGAGUGGGAAGUCUGAGGAGAUCUUCAGUGCUCUGAUCACUCCAGGAUAUCCUCAGAUAGUCCAGAGUUCAGACCGUUCAGAAGUGGAGUAUCUUGUGGUCUCCAACUAUGAUGAGGAAAUGGAUUUUGAUGGCAAAGCUCAUCUUGAGGACCAAAAGGGAGAAAAUCGUCCCACAGAUACUGCACAAAAGGUCUCUCAGAACAGCAUCAAGAUCUCAUUGAACAGCAGUCAGGAUCUAAAUACAACACUGAGCAAAAACUACCACUCUGGGACCGUUUCCAAUGAGCUAAGUGUCCAUGGAGAACCUCAACAACUACUUCACCUUAAGUGCAAUGGCUCAACAGUUAAAGCUAAGGACCAAAACACUCAACUGAGCUCCAGUAGUAAUUGUGAGCACGUCAGCAUCAACACUGCUGGACUUACGGAGUAUGUCGAGGUUGAUGAAGACCCGAAACCUCUGGUCAGGGAGGACUACAGUAUGGUCAGUGACGUUAUCAGUGAUAACAUCCUUGUACUACAAGACAGCGUCCCUGUAGAGGGACACAAAGAGGUCAAAUGUGACAAAACAUCUGAACCUCUGGGAUAUUUGGAAACUCUGACAACGUUUUCAAGUGAAUCUUGACUGUUCUAUGACUUUGGGAUUAUUUUGUCUGGUUGUGUCCUGCUCAAACUGUCAAUCAAAAAAAGACAAAAGAUGUGAGAAGUGUUCCUUCAGCGAUCUGGGAUGCGUUUCCAGUACAGUGACAUAACGUGCUGCUAAACUACCAGUGCUAUUCAUAACUUAUUCCCGAAAUUGCUGGCUGAUCGUUGGAACCACAAUGGUUCAACAAUCUAGAACUGUCAUUACUGUAAUUACUUCUGUUAAUUAAUCGUUUUGGAUCAAAUUAAUGUCAGAUUAUCGAUAACAAAUAUGGCAUCUGAGGACUAUAAUAUCUUUGUUCAUCACUGUAUUUCUUCAUUCGUGGUUCUCCUGGUGACUAGAGCACAUUCACACUCUUCAAAAACUGCGCUUUCAUUCUCUUGACGAACUAAAAGACAUAGAAUUAAAUCUGUAUAUAUAUUUGUAUAUGUAUUAUAUGUCAGUUUGCCUAUGUUACUCAAGCGUAUGAUCUGUUGAUCCACAUGUCAUUCUAACAAGAAACUCUGGGUAUGGAGUUUCAUCCAAAUGACUUUACGAUGCCAGUUUUGUUCGUUGAAAUUAUGGUUUCUGGAAACUGCAAAUUUGCAACCAUAGUUGGCUUGCAAUGUUUUUGGGAAACACACCCCUGUUAUGUUGUAUGUGUCAGUCUGCACAACUACAGAUAGAGUUUGCACAGGUUCUGUGGAUAAUUCAGGCUAAACAGCUGGAAGCUGAAGAAAUGGGUUGAAAAUUAGAUUAAAAGGAAGCGUCAUUCCGAACCAUUGCAUAUUGACCGACUGCUGUUAAAAAAUACCCCACUAAAGAGCAUUAUAAUAAUUGUUAAACCUUUCAAAUAUUUCUUCAACCUACUACCUCGAAGCAGACAUACACAAAACAUCCCACUAUGAGUUUCUGCCACUUUCUCUAGAGAUCUGGCACUUUUCUCAAUGCUUGCUGCUCCUGAUCUUUAAAAGUUGACUGUUGUUAAAAAUGGACAUAGUUUAAUGGAAACACUUUAAAAUACAGGACGGCUCCUUUUGUAUAUUUAUUCACAAUGAUACUGUGAAUAUAAAAAGUGUGAGAUUUCUUUGAUCAAACACAGCUAAAGACUUUACUGUGUAU